AUGAAUUAUCAAACCAAGUUUUUGCUGAAAAAAGGUGUGUUAGUAUAGCCAAAAAAUUUAAGAACUUAAUCUAUUUUAAGCGAAAUUACCAAUUAUUAGUCAUCAAAUGAUCAAAACAUAAAAUAUAAAAGAAGGAGCGCUAUUGUACCAGUUCCGCAGAAGGAUGAUGAACUAAUAAAUAGAAAUUCCAUGUUGUAACCAAUUAGAGUAUAUCAACAAGAACCAAAAUAUAUAUAUGAAGAAGAGAUAAAAGAAAAAGAAUAUCUAGAAGACUUGAAUGUAAAUAUUUUUCGAUUAUUAGUAUAAAAGAAUAAACCAUCUUAGCUGUCACAAUUUCAAUUAAGAAUAAUGCCAACAGCUAAUAGAUUGGAUGAUAAAAACUGUCAAACGCUAUUAAAAAACUAGCUAUCAAACUUUGUUUCAUUGCGUGGAAUUAUUAGAUAAAUUUUUGUGCAAUACAAAAGGAUUCAUAGUUGAUGAUCUAUAACUUAUAGGUAGUUGUUGCAUCUAUCUAUCAUCAAAAUUUAAUGAUAUGUACCCUAUUUGCAUUGAAGACAUGAUAAUUGAUGUAUUAAAAUUUAUUAAAAUUAGAUUUGUCAAGAAACUUAUACAAUUCAUGAAUUUUUAUCAAUGGAAUAUACAAUAUGUAGAAAACUGCAUUAUAAUAUACAUUUUCAAACUCCGUUUGAAUAUUUUGAAAAAAUAUUUUUCCAUCUUAAACCUUUUUUAUCUUAAUUUUAUUAAGACUACUAGAUAAACAACAUGAAACAAAAUGCUUUAGAACUACUCUAAUACUCCAUAAUUGCUUAUGAGUUUCGAGAAAUUACUCAUUAUAACAAGGCAAUAGCUUGUAUCUAUGAGGUCAUCAAAACAACUGAUAAAAUAAUAGUAUAAUUGUAUUGUUAUUUUAUUAGAUUUAAAACUUAUUAGAUCUGUUAAAUCAUUUAGAACUAAAUUUCAAUUGCAUUCAACUUAAUGCAAAAGAAAUAAAAAGAUAUCUGAAUUUGAAUAAAGAAAAAUAUAGAUGUGUAAAUAAUUACUUUUAUUGA